AUGCAGGAACCUAAAACUUCACAUGGAUCAGCAUUGAAACAAGUACUUAGGUACUUGCGUGGAUCUAGUAUGCUUGGACUUCAUUACGCACGGAACGGUGGGACUAAGCUCUUGGGGUAUAGCGAUAGCUCUCACAACGUGGACAUAGAUGAUGGUAAAAGUACCUCUGGUCACAUAUUUUACCUUGGAGAAAGCCCCAUUACCUGGAGUUCGACUAAGCAAGAGUUGGUGGCAUUAUCAUCGUGCGAGGCGGAGUUUAUGGCUGCAACGGAGGCUGCCAAACAGGCUAUUUGGCUACAGGAACUGUUAAGUGAAGUCGAUGGAACACAGAGUGAGCGAGUGGUGAUUAAGGUUGAUAACAAAUCCGCUAUUGCACUUACGAAGAACCCCGUGUUUCACGGACGGAGCAAACAUAUUCAUAGAAGAUUCCACUUUAUCCGUGAGUGUGUUGAGAACGAGUAA